CACCCACCCCCCCUCCCCGCGCGCCCGCCCCCCAACUACCUCCGUGGCCCUGCCCGUGCGUGCCUCUCCCUCAUCGGCCCCCCACGGGGGUUUCUGUGAUCUCCCAUUACCCGAGGAGGAGGAUGUGAGCGCGGGGGAAAAUGCCCCGGAGGAAGCAGGAGCAGCCCCAGCGCCUUCCCUCACAUGUUAGUAGGCAGGACGAGGCUGAGGCCGAGCUCAGCGAAGGUGAAGGCUGGUAUGGCAACUCCUCCGAGACGCCGUCGGAAGCCUCCUACGGCGAAGUGCAGGAGAACUAUAAGCUGUGCCUGGAGGACCGGAUCCAAGAGCAGUCCACGUCCCCAGACACCUCCCUGGGGAGUGCCACCCCCAGGAGCCACACGCUGGAGCUGGUGGCCCUGGACGGGGAGGUCCUGCGAGACUCGCUGCCCUGUCAAGACCACCUGUCCCCCGGCGUGUCCUCUCUGUGUGACGAUGAGCCCCCGGGUUCGAAUAAACCCCUGAGCAGCAACUUGAGGCGACUGCUCGAGGCGGGUUCUCUCAAACUGGAUACAACAGCCCCGGCCAACGGCCGCGUGGAGUCGCCCGUGAACGCGGGUGCCAACCUGGCCUUCUCCCCGCCCGCCCAUCACGCCCAGCAGCUCAGUGUCCUGGCCAGGAAGCUGGCGGAAAAGCAGGACCAGAAUGACCAGUACCCUCCAAGUAGCCGUUUUCUCUGGAACCAAGGUAAGUGGUUGUCCACGCCAACCACCGCCUGCGGCCUGUCCCCAGACUCGGCCAUCCUCAAGCUGAAAGCCGCAGCCAACGCCGUUCUGCAGGACAAGUCGCUCUCCAGGACGGAGGACACCGUGCGAUUCGAGUCCUUUUCCUCCCCCUUUAGCUCCCAAUCUGCCAGUUCCACCCUGGCAGCGUUGUCCAAGAAGGUCAGCGAGCGGAGUCUGACUCCUGGCCAGGAGCACCCUCCCCCGGCCAGCUCUUUCCUAUCCCUGGCUUCCAUGACCUCCUCGGCUGCCCUCCUGAAGGAGGUGGCGGCCAGGGCGGCCGGUACCCUCCUGGCCGAGAAGUCCUCCUCCCUGUUGCCCGACGACCCUCUCCCGCCGCCACCGCCUUCGGAGAAGAAGCCGGAGAAAGCCACCCCGCCGCCUCCGCCGCCCCCAGCCCUGCCGCCCGCACCGCCGUCCCUGGAAUUGCUGUUACUUCCAGUUCCCAAAGGAAGAGUCUCGAAGCCCUCCAAUUCAGCCUCAGAAGAAGAAAGCGGGAAGCCUUUCCAGUGUCCGAUCUGUGGUUUGGUUAUUAAAAGGAAGAGUUACUGGAAGAGGCACAUGGUGAUUCACACAGGUUUAAAGAGUCACCAGUGCCCACUCUGUCCAUUCCGGUGUGCCCGCAAGGACAAUCUCAAAUCCCACAUGAAGGUUCACCAGCACCAGGACCGCGGGGAGACCUUCCAGUGCCAGCUGUGCCCGUUCACCUCGUCCCGCCACUUCAGCCUCAAGCUGCACAUGCGCUGCCACCAGCACUUCCUGCGGACCGAGGCCAAGGUGAAGGAGGAGCCGCCCGACCCCGAGGGCGCCGUCGAGCCGGGCGGGGGCUGCGGCGGCGGCGGCGGCGGCGAGCGGGGCGCGCGGGGCGCGCGGGGCGCGGGGCCCGAGCUCCACCCGGCGCGCAGGACUCCGCCGCCGCCGCUGCCGCUCCCCGUCAAGGAGGAGCCCCACGAGGAGAACGGCCUGCCCGGCCCCGGCCCCGCCGACGACCGCGACCGCGACCGGCCCGCCAACCACCUGCCGCCGCCCAAGGACCCCGCCGCCGCCGCCGACUUCCCCGCCGGGCCCGGGCCCGCCGCCGCGCUCUUCAGCCAGGACAUCUCCGUGAAGAUGGCCUCCGACUUCCUCAUGAAGCUGUCAGCUGCAAAUCAGAAGGAGCCCAUGAAUCUCAAUUUUAAAGUGAAAGAGGAACCCACGGAAGAGGAGCCCCUCAACACCCCCUUGCCUCGAUCCGGCUACGUGUUCAGCCCGGAGUCUGAAGUGGCGACUGCAGGUGUCUCAGAGGAGACGCUGAAGGGCCAGGAAGGGAAGGGAAGCGUGAUCCAGAGGGACGAGCCGGUCCAAGCUGCCUCUGAACUUCUCAUGAAACUCUCAGCGGAGAGCUACAAGGAGACGCAGAUGGUGACGGUGAAAGAAGAACCCAUGGAAGUGGACCUUCAGGACUCUCAGGUCUCCAUCUCGCCCAGCCUGAACGUUGGCUACAGCUCUUUAAUCAGGCGAGAGAAAACUGAGCCGUUGCAGAAGAUGUCAGAAGGGAGGGUAGCCCCAGAGAGAAACCUCUUCAGCCAGGACAUCUCUGUGAAGAUGGCCUCUGAGCUUCUCUUCCAACUGUCAGAAAAAGUGAGCAAAGAGCACAAUCACACGAAGGAGAACACUAUCCGCACGAGUACCAGCCCUUUCUUUUCAGAAGACACCUUUAGACAAUCACCAUUCGCCUCCACCCCGAAAGACCUGCUGCCCGGCGAGCCCGCGCUGCACGGAAGAAUAGCGACGCCAGAAACAGAGAAGAUCGUCCUGGAGGCCGGAAACGGGUUGCCGUCCUGGAAGUUCAGUGACCAGCUCUUCCCCUGCGACGUGUGUGGGAAAGUGUUUGGCCGGCAGCAGACGUUGUCCCGACACCUCUCGCUGCACACAGAGGAAAGAAAGUACAAAUGUCACCUGUGCCCCUAUGCUGCUAAGUGCCGUGCGAACCUCAACCAGCACCUGACGGUCCACUCCGUGAAGCUGGUCAGCACCGACGCCGAGGACCUCGUGAGCGCCGUCACCUGCGAGGGCGGGGACGGGAAGAAGCACCCGUACUACUACAGCUGCCACGUGUGCGGGUUUGAGACCGAGCUCAACGUCCAGUUCGUCAGCCACAUGUCGCUGCACGUGGACAAGGAACAGUGGAUGUUCUCCAUCUGCUGCACGGCCUGCGACUUCGUCACCAUGGAGGAGGCGGAGAUCAAGGCUCACAUUGGCGCCAAGCACACAGGGGAAGACAGGAAGACCCCCAGUGAAUCAAACAGCCCGUCCUCAUCCUCCCUCUCAACACUAAGUGAUUCGGCCAACAGCAAGGACGACUCCGACGGCUCCCAGAAAAACAAGGGUGGGAGCAACUUGCUGGUCAUCUCUGUGGUACCUGGGAGCCAGCCGCCACUGAGUAGUGAGGAAAAGCCAGAGAAAGGGUUCGAAUGCGUUUUUUGCAACUUUGUCUGCAAGACGAAGAACAUGUUUGAGCGCCACCUGCAGAUCCACCUCAUCACCCGGAUGUUUGAGUGUGACGUGUGCCACAAGUUCAUGAAGACCCCUGAGCAGCUGCUGGAACAUAAGAAAUGCCACACUGUCCCCACUGGUGGGCUCAACUCAGGACAGUGGUGAGUUUCAGACUCCUCUAGGUGCCCGUUCUGCAUUUAUUCCACCAACCGCCCCGCCGCCAUGGAGUGCCACCUCAAGACCCACUACAAGAUGGAGUACAAGUGCCGCAUCUGCCAGGCGGUGAAGGGCAACCAGCUGGAGCUGGAGACGCAC